AAACUGUAGUCAUAAGGGAUUGACUGCAGCUAGUAUCUUGUUUUUGUUUGACCUAUAUAAAUACAGGAUUUCAGGAAACUUUCCUAAAACUAUUCUAAAUCUAUUCCACCCUAAAAUAAAACCUUUUAAUUAUAUAAAAGACAGCAAACGUUGUUAAUGGUCUAUGGCAGGUGCAUACUAUCCCUGCAUUUGACAUAAGUCUUGAUGAGGCUUCUGAGCCAUGGUAGGCCGCGAUGUGAUCCUUCCUUGCAAUUUGUAGUUCCAGAACAUGAGCUUGACUACGAGUCAGUCACUUUUUCUUAUAAAUAUAUAGCAGCUAGAGAAAAGCCAAUUUGAGCUCUCCAGGGAUUGGGGCUGGCUUGAUCUAUGCGAUGAAGUUCGGCCGUGGUUCAGGACUAACUGAUGUUAGAUCAGUCCUCCGUUGCCAGUGGGCAGCAGGCGUAAUGGGUCAGUAUGAACAGGUACUCCCUGAUUGUGUCUCAACCCUGCUGCUCGGGCUCUGGGCAGUACCAGAGCCAUACAUUCUGCAAAGUACCAGAGUGGCACGGUUGGUGGAAAAUUACUGAAAUUGACUUACCUGUGCCACAGCCAGGAUGAUAGUACUGUUAGUCAGUCUUACAGUCCUCUAAAUAGUAGUCCUGAGUAAAGAUCCCCUUGAGCUCUCUAGGGUCUGCAGGAGGCUGCACCCUUGAUCUCGCACUGAGCUGGGUGUGUCUUUAUCUAUUCUGCUGCUUUGGCUCAUGUGCUUCCUGCAUUUCAGUUUGGAUUUUUAUAGACAAAGAUAUUUUGGAUGACAUUUUGCCUCUUAAGUGAACUCAUGCUUCCGAUGUGAGGCAUUUGUGGCUGAAGCUACUCAAUUCUUCUGUAAUGUCUUGUGUUUGACUUGUGUUUGCCUUGUGUUUGGCCAUUGAUGGGCUUUGUCAUCUUCAUUUUCCUAUGUAAGGUGUCUCAUGUUAGUAUAAACUGUGAUUUUAUAGUUACUCCAUUUUUACAUUUAAUCUCUCUAUCUCUUUUUAUUAUUUCAUCCUCUCCCCCUUUGAAUAUGUCACUGGAUUUUGCAAGUCCCUGUGACAGAUAAACUGGGGAUGUAAUGUCCGGUACUUAAGUGAGGGGACUAUUUAUAGUUGGUAUUUGCACAAAGUCUUUAUUUGCACAAGGGACACUGAAGGAAACUAAAGGCAUGUGCGUAGGAUGUGGCUUUUAGAACACAUAUAGAGCCGUGCAGAUAAGUCUGCUUAAAAAAAAAUGUCCUAACGUGAAGCUUAACAAAGUACCUGGAUCAAGACUGAGAUACAGUGUAAUAAAAUUAUUAUUACGAAAUACAUGAGUAUGUAAAUUAUAUAUGUAACGUAAAUGUAAUACACAGCUAUUUAGUACUGUGUUGUGAAGUUCUUAUCUCCAGGAUUUCCUUUGCUUCCCUGGGCUUUCUGGAGGGGUUUGCCUGGCUGGCAUGCCCCGGGUAUCAUGCCAGGGGCUCACGCCUUGCCUUCCAGACCUUGCUGUUCUACAUCUCACAGGACUUUUCUUACAUGAGGAGCAAUUUUGCUCUCGAGACGGAGAUGGAACAAUAUAAAUAUUGUUUGUUUGUUUAAUAGAAUGUUUUGUUUUUUGGCUGGGAUUUACAGAUAAGGCAAUAGUACAGUUACAAGUAGGUAUGCUUUAUUGUAAUAGCUAUAACUAACUAUCUUUGACAAAACUCUUUAGACCUCUGUUAUAUGAAAUCAGUAGCUUUAUAAAAAAAAAUAAGGCAACAGUUACAAACUAAGAUAGUUCUUGGUUUUCUAGAAACAAAUUGUUGAGAUUUCCUUUCCAACAAUGCUUCUGAAGCACAGAUAAAAUGACUUCCUGUCUGACAGUUUCCUGUAUCCAUGGCAACCUCAAUUUAACCACUUCUUUCUUAGUUUCCUGAGUGAGCAGUUACAAAUCCAGGGGAAAAACGUGAGAGUUGUAGCACACGACAAUAGUGCUUUUACUAACGUUUCACAGAUGAGUAUAGUCAGUCAACUGGUAACAGCCUAACAAACUGCAAAACAAGUAAAUAACGGAAAUAAUGAACUUCAGAUUUGGGCGAAGUCAGAGAUGAGUGAGAAGGACAAAGACAGGGAUAUGUGUGGACUACAAAGUUUUCCACCCUGCACAGGAGCAUUACCGUAUCUCCUUAAUGGUUUUCUUUUGCUGCUCCUCCAGAAGGAGGUACUUGGCUGUCCAGCUGUUUGCCAGCUCUGCACAGGGAGGCAAGUUACCUGUCGUAACUUGGGUCUUUCAAGCAUCCCCCGGAACUUCCCCAGAACUGCAAUUCUUGUAUACCUCAGUGGGAAUAAUAUAUCACAUGUCAUUCCAAAUGAAUUAACAGGUCUUCAGAAGCUUGCUGCACUUUACAUGGAUAAUUCCAGUAUUUCAUAUGUACACCCAAAAGCUUUUGUGGAACUCCCUAAUCUGUGCUACCUGCAUCUAGAUAACAAUAAUAUUAAACGCCUGGAUCCAGGAAUCUUUGAAGGUCUUUCCAAUCUUCGUUAUUUAUACCUUCAGAAUAAUCAAAUAGCUUUUGUUUCCAGAGGAUUAUUUAGUGAUCUCCUUUCUGUUAGAUAUUUAACACUUCAAAGAAACCGCCUCAGUGUCCUUGGAAGUGGAACUUUCUUGGGAAUGAUAAGUCUUCAAACGCUUAAUCUAGCCAAUAAUAAGAUUUCACGGAUAUCAGAUUCAGCAUUUUAUCAUCUUGAAAACCUUAUAUAUUUGUUCCUUGAAGGUAACAAUUUAACACUUGUGCCAUCAAAAGCCAUUGGAAGGCUCAAAAACCUUGAAAUACUUUCUUUGUCUCACAAUCCUAUUAGGUCAAUACACCGUUUUGCAUUUAAAGGACUUAACAAGCUUAGGUAUUUGUCUUUAAAGAGUGUAAAGCUAAAAGAGAUUUCUGCAAAUGUUUUUUUUGGAUUAAAUAAUCUUAGUCAGUUGGUCUUAAGUUAUAAUGAUUUAGAAAAUAUAAAUUCUAGCACUUUUACUUUAUUGAACAAAUUAAAGUAUCUGCAGUUAGACAGAAAUAAAAUAACCAGUAUUGGCGAUGGUACCUUUGAAAAAAUGGGACAAUCACUUAAAAUACUCAGUUUAGCAUUUAAUAAUAUUACAGAGUUGCAACCUGAAGUGCUCAAGCCCCUAGUGUCUUUAACUCAUCUACAGGUAAACUACAACCCUUGGAACUGUAGCUGCAAAAUGCUUGGGUUGCUGAAUUGGCUGGCAUCAUCUCCUAUUUCUGUUAAAAUUCAUUGUCAAAAUCCCCUCAGUAUGCGUGGCAGACAUUUGCGUUACAUAAGGUGGACUCAGUUUGCAAACUGCAGUAGCCCCACUGCCAGCCCAGAAGCAGCCUGGAAUCUAGGAUCUACAGAAAUCCAUCACAGCCCUACCACUUUGCUGAUGGCAUGGCAUAAGGUACACAGGCAGAACACGUUGGAACAGUUUGUUAAUGUGGAUACAAAAUACGGUACUUCCUGGGAAGGAGCUACAGCUACAUCUGCUAACCCUUUGCCUUAUGAAGAAAAUGCUGCUGAAAUUCCAUCACAGGCAACUACAUUAUCAAUGUUACCAGUAAAAAUACCAGCACGGAUUAUACCUGUUAACAGAACUGUAGAAGGAAAAGGUUUAUUUCCAACAGACGCUGCUCCUGUAUCAUUAGAAACAUCUGUACUUUGUACACAACAGGUUGAAAAGCUGAAUCAGGCUUUUGACAUUUUGCUAGCCUUUUUCAUUCUGGCUUGUGCUGUGAUCCUGUUCCUAACCUAUAAAAUUGUUUGGUUUAGACAGAAACUAAAAGUGCUGGAAAACUCAGGGGAAAAGAGAAUAGAAUAUUACGGUUUUUAUCAGCCUGGCAGGUACAACAUAACUAACCCAGUGCAGUCUUUAACUGAGAAUUCAGUGGGACAUCCAGAACUGGACCAAAUUAGGUUGCUCAAGCGAACAGCAUCAGAAAGUCAGGCACAGGUCAUACUGUUUGAACAUUCAUCAUUGUAAUUAACCUCAUUUGAUUUGAUUUUUUGGUGAUCUGAAAUGCCAAUAAGUCAAGAACUCAAUUUUCUAAAAAAAAAAAAAAAAAAAAAAGUCACUGAUGAAAAUCAGCUGGUUGAUAGAACAGUAGCAAAUUGUGUAAUUUGGGUUCUACAUCAUAAUUUGCUUCCUGAAUGUUCUGAUUUUUUUUUUAUUAGAUGUCAUUUAAAUCUGACAUGGAUAGGUAUAUUAUCAUCUUUCCUUGUUGUAAGAUUAUUUCUAUGAUUAAUUAUGUAUGCAGUAAAAAGUAUGUUGAUUUAUUUUGCAGUACUUACUGGUAUUAAGUUUCUGUAGAAAUUGCAUAGCUAACUUGAAGUUAAAUGUCAGUUUUUAGCAGGAUCGUGGAGGCAAGAAAUGUGGGGGAAUG